AUGGCCCGGAAAUACCGGCUUUUCUCCAAAAGGAUGUCGAAGCAAGGGCGAAGUUAUGGUAAAGGAGAAAAUACCCCUAGCCCAGAGGAAACUCCGGAACAACUCCUCUUCCCGAGGACCUACGUUCCCAGCACCACCGGUAAUAUAUUCUCCCCAGAGCAUAAACAUCCUGGUUCUGCUCCCUUAUCAAACUAUAGCAUCACCAACCAGGAGGCAUCACCAGCGCCACCAACCACUCCUGCUGAUAUGAGCAGCAUUGUCAUGGAAACGGCUGAACGACCAAAAAUAUACUACCCCAAGGAGAAGAAGGACGGCGACAAACCCCCACUCUCAGCACCUCUCAUGCAAACAGAGAACUCCUACUCUGAGCUAUCAGCGAAACGCAUUGGACGUCUAUCAACUGCAAGAAAGGUAAGCUCUACCCCUGAACUGCGGGGCGACGAGAUGUUUGGUAGCAAUUGGGGAACUGUCCACACAACGCUUUCUCCUACAUCGAGCGACAAAUCAGCAGAAACCCCGGAAAAGGAGUACUUUCAGUCCCCACCUAAAUUGGAUGGAAUCAUUCUCGGAUCCCCUGAAUUAAGCCUAACAAAUAAAGGUACCUGUGGAACAAGAGGCACUGCCAGGCUGGUUAGCCCUGAGAGGAGAGUUACGAGUGCUCGGGGCUCGAUAAAACUUGACGAGGCAGAGGAAUAUUCCUGUUGGACUAGCAGCACUGCAACAUUUGGUAGGACACCAAGCGAGAACAACACUGAGCUCUCGUUGCCGGGCCAAAUGUCCGUCAUAAAUCCGCACCUCCCUCCUCGCCCACCCACGCCAACAGAGUUUAGGCAAAGCUCACAGCCUCAACGUUUCAACUCCUUCAAUCAUUCAUUCUUUCGUGGUAGAAGUGGAAGCCGGAUAAGAAAAGGGAGAAUCUGCUACAGAACGUCACCAUUUAUUCAUAUAACACGCGGUCGGAGAGCGCUUUCUGCACCCCAGAAGCCGGGCAUUUACUCACAACAGGACAACUACGUGCCAAAACCUGGCGCCAACGAAAUUUUGAACGUGGCAGAGCAGUCGGGUCCUGAAGCUAUUGAUUCCAACACAACGGACACGACUCAGUUUCUCACUAUGAGCGAAGAAUCCCCCCAUAAAGCAAUCUUCGCCCAACUCAAAGCGCUGACAAACGACGUGGCUAACAUCAAGAUGGAUGAACUGAGGAUUCUCCAUCAGCUCGAGGUCGUCAAUACCAACGUGAAAAUCCUCUCAGAGGGCCUGGAGCUGGAGAAAAGAGCAAGAUUCAAAAGCCUUGCGACCCACGACAAAAGCAUCAAAAACCACAUCACUCUGGUUGUUGGGGAAUUGGGUGAAGCAGUCGAGUCUGUCGCUGCAGCUGUUGCAAGUAUUAGUGAUAUGGCUGGAAACAUCAACCAAGCAUAUCCUAACACUAGUGACGAUAAUAUUACCCCCAAUUGGUCCGAUGUUAUGGAGCGGGUCGGUGAGACAUCUGUUCGUACACCUGCAGCAGUAUGCGGAACUCCGUUUGACCCAGGCGACAACGAGGCUUUAACUGUACGCAGCGCUGAGGAAAUUUCUGGCAGUCGUGCCAACGAUGGGAGCAUAGGAAGCCCAGUUGCGCGGGCGCAAUCCCAGACGAACCCUACGUUUAGCAGAGGUAUCUCAGAAGACCAAGGUCAACAACAGCGGGGUGGCUUCCGUGGCUCGCAAACAGGCCAGAAGCGGGGUGUCUGGAAUCCCAAACGUAAUAACGGUGGAGCAAAUCGUCGUGGCGGUUCUAACAAUAGCAAUAAUAAGAAAGGUAAGAGCCUCAAUGCAUUCUCCAUACCCAGCAAGAAAUUUUUAAUUAUUGAUCCCACAGCUCCAGUUGUGCGUCCCUCGGGACAGCAUCCACCAGCCCCCACAGCUACACAGGCACCAGCACUAGUCUCCCCCACAUUCACUCCUGGUGGUUUCCAAGCCCAGUCCUUCGUCCAUCCCAAUUCACGCAUUACAGGUCCAUUAGGUGCCCUUAACCAAACACCCGGAAACCCUGUAGGAUUCCCUCCGCGUCAGUCAAGCUUGGGAUGCAACAAUUCUAGCGUUCGCGGUCGACCAGGUAAUUCUAAUCCCUUCCACAUACCUUUCGGUAACUUCAACCACGGUUAUGCGCCAGUUCCACCGCCAUCGGUUCCCGUAGUGUCCCAUGUGGGAUAUCCACAAUUCAAUAACUCCCAAAGCUUUGGCAAUGUUCCGCACGCCGGUCAGUGGCCUGCUGCUAAUAGGGUGUUUACCCCUUACCGCGCAUGGCCUAGCGCUGCAAACUGGUAUCAACAGGUUUGUCCGAACGGCAAUAACAACAAUAUCAACAGCCCACGUUAA